AUGGUUGGUCUACGUUGGCUCUUGGUAGCGAUGAUGGCGUACGCGUGUGUCCCAGGGUUUGGGUCCAAGUGCCUGAAAAGCUCCAUCUGCAACAACCUGAGCACCGAGCGAAGGAUCCAGAACUGUAUUCGCCUCUGCAUCCAGAAGAUCCAGGCAGAGCUGCCGCAGCUCAAUGAAUUGGCCCCAAAGAUAGACGAGGAAAAAGAACUCUUAAUCAGCAUGAUUCUGGGCAUCUUGGCCUCCGGCAAAGACAAGGUACCGGGAGUGACGCCCCACAACAACGAGCGACGCUCUUACUCUAUGGAGCAUUUCCGCUGGGGGAAACCAAAUGGCCGCAAACGUCGGCCCAUCAAAGUCUUCACGUCAUCCCUGGAGGGAGGAGGCUCCUCUGAGGUCGGCUUCUCCGCUCAGGUUCGCAGGCAGCUCGGUGUUGUUGGGGACGACACGAGCAGCGACCUGAACCAACAAAACAAGGGAAUGCAGAGGGCAAAGGUCAAGGCACAGGUGCCGCUGAGCCCGCAGCACAGAAAAGAUGGGAGCUAUCGCAUGACAUUUCAGAUGGGGCAACCCGUUCACCUCCAAACGUGA